GUCGUGAAAGAGCAGGUCGGGAUUUGCAUGCACACUCGGAGCAUCGUCGACAACGUUACGACGUAGAAGAGAAGAAAAGAGAGAAAAAGGGAAGAACUGCACAUUAGCCUGUUUAUCUUGAAGAGUGUCACGUGGAUGAGAGAUUAAAUUAAUCAGCACAAUGGCAUUGCCACGAUGGAUCUUGCCGCUGUUGAUUCUGGGAACCGGCGCGAUCACGCUGGUUCCCGCGGCUCGACAAUUCCAUGAUGAGCUCCUCAGGAACAAUCUGCGGAAGCAGAAAAGAUCCCUGGACGAGACGGAUUCGCCGGAGUAUUACAACGACCUGCACUCAUUUAAAUACCAUGAUGGUAACAAUAUUCGGAAGUUCGACCGCUAUUACGACGGGGACACUGAGGAGAUUGAGUUCCUACCUAGCGACAACGGUCAACUGGAAACAGUAGGAGAGGGUCUCCAGGGCAUGAACAAUAAGCUACUCGAAAGAGCACUGCUCGAUUAUUUGGAGACUCUACCUGAGCAGGAAGAACCGGUGGCCUCGAUUUUCCGCGAGCGCGAGCGAAGCGGUAGCCGUAAACGGGGUGGUGCCGGUGAACGGAUGAACUUGGACGACAAGGAUCCGACAAAGCUAUUCGUGGAGGAACUGCAGGACGGUUCUCCGUACGGAGCGCUCGUGGAAGUAGAUGACGACGAUUAUCUAACUGCUUUACAAUCGCUUUACGACAGAUACAGAGCUGGUAGAGGGAACAAAGUAUACGAAACGACAGGACCAAUGUCUUGGGGCGAGCUGCUUAGUAAAGGCCCAUUGCUGAGAAGCCAGACGAAGGACGGCAACGACGACGAAUUUGUGGAUCGUAAUCAAGAUCAGGACAUCCUGUACUUGCCGGCAGAACGUAGAAACGUAAAUGGUUCUCCAUUUCCCCAUUUCGGUCAUGAAUUCGGCAGUUAUCGCAAACUGACCAAACGCUAUCCGGUCGCUAAGAGAAGCCCCAAGCCGACCCAAACCAGAUUAAAAUCCACGGAUCCCAAGGUUGCUCAAGAUCUGGGAGCCCUAUUCGGCACGCAAUUCACGGACUCGCACAAUCACACCCAUAAAUCCGAUCACGAUCACGACCACGAUCACAAGCAAGAAUUUAACCAGAGUCACGAAUACAAGCACGAACCCAAUCAGAAUCACGAUCACGAACACGAGCACGGUAGUCACGAAAGCAAGUCAGAAGCGCCAUUGAAAAUGACGCCAGCUCCGAAGGGACAAAAGGAAAACGCUACGAAGACGGCCAAAUCGAAAUUCAUUCAGGUGAGGAAGAAGAGUGUCGACUGGUCGCAAUAUUUCGGCAUCGAUCGAAGGAAGAAGAAGGCCACCUUCACAGCCGGACAGGGCACGCAGAAUCAGGACGACGAGUGGAUGCUGCAACGCUACUAUGAGAAUAUGGCCGAAAAUUUGAAGUCAAAGGACGACGACGAGAAUGAGCGGAAGGAUAAACUUGAGCAGAUGGACUCUAAAUUAAAAUAUAUUAAGGAUCUAAUUAUUGAAGAAGCUAUGAGGUACGCCGCUUCGGAAGAUGAAGCAGAUCUGCAAAAGGUGAAGGAUAAGUUAAUGUCGCGAAUGGCAGCGGCUUAUUCAUUGCAGAAGAUGCGAAAAGCACUGAGCGAGCUUCGAAAUAAUGUCGCAGCUCAGAAGGAGGCACAGAGGAUGCAGAAAGAGGCGCACAGUAAUUUUACGUCUAAUUUUCGGGAAAAUAGCAACAGCAACACUAAUCCAAGAACUAACAGCGGCACCGAUAGUAAAACCAAUGAGAAACGAAAUAAUAUCAACAACAAUUUAGAGGAAAGCGAGUUCAUCGAGGAGCCUAAAAGUUGCCCGGAAUUAGAAAGUAUCGAAUGGCGAUGCCGAACUGUAGAUAAUUUGGCCGGCGACACGUCUCGGAUGCUCUAUGUGCCCUGUGUGAAACUGCAAAUCUGCAAAGCUUGCACGCAGGACGAGGAGGGGCUGUUACCCUGCCUCGCCAACUUCGCCCUGGAGGCCGACAAGGUGUGCGACGCGUUGGAGUCCAGAGACGAGCAGCCGCGGAUGUCGGCGGUGCACGAGAGCGAGAGGCAGUCAUGCGCAAACACCGCGUUGCUGCUAUCGCAACUACAUCCGCCCAGAGCGGCGACUACGCAGUGUCGCGAGCGGAAUGCCCGCGACUCGUGUUUGCGACGAUAUCACGCACGAUAUGAACAUCGAUAUUUCCGCACGUCGCCAGCGUAUGAGGGCACCGGGCAUCGCUCCCACCAUGAAGGCGCCCUCGACGCGUUGCAGCAAACCAUGUACGAACGCUAAGAAUCAGGCGAGCGAGAGGAAGCCACCCCGGUUCGGCCGCACGAUACGGUGGACCGCCAGUUAUCCGGAUUAACCGGGUAUCGCCUGAAUAUCGAGUCCCUCUGAUGAUCCGAUGUGAACAGAGAUUUUUAAUUUAUGUCGAAACUUUGUUGUUGUUCCUUACAUUUGUUAUUUUAUUCAAUCAUUUUUGGCCUACGUUUCUUUUCUACUUAGAAGCUUUGUCCGGAUAAUCGGCGGUUUACUAUUAUUAAUCUUGCUCUUUGAGGAC